AUGAUUGAUACUUGGAGCAAUGCUUUAAACCGAUUUACACGAAAUACAGACUUGUUCAGCAGGAAAAAUAAGGUUUACAAUUUACACGGAUGCCCUCUCAAGUGUGCAGGGGCUCAUAGACCUCCUGACUCUGUCAUAGAAGAAACAAAAAACAAGACUUAUAACCUGAGUGGAAUCGGUGGACUUUUAUUUGAAACAAUUGCCAUUAAAAUGAACUUUACUCCUGUCAUUUCCAGAGUUGUCGACGUUACUUCAAACUAUGACCCAGUUUUUGCUAACGAUUCAUCUACACUAUCAAUCGAUGUAGGAUCCAAGAAAGUUGACAUUGCAUUUGGAAUCUUUAGUAGACUGCUUGAUUUUCAUCCUAAAAUCUCAUUUGUGAUGGAAACUAAUAUGGAUUGCUUUACAUGGGCUGUGCCUCCAAAUGCAGGAGUAGGACCCUCCAUGUGGACAACUUAUGUUGGGGAAUUCUCAUGGAUCACCUGGGUUCUCAUCAUUUGUUUCUUAAUUUCAGUGAUACCUGUCUUUUAUUUCCUCACAUAUUUGGCUUUCAAUGAGGAUAACAAUUUUAAAGAGUGGGGAUUCUUGAGUUUCUUUGUUUACUUUACGUUUCUGGGAGCCUCAGUUGAAGAGAAACCUCACUCUAAUGUCUUAAGAGUUUUUCUUGCUCCUUGGCUUUUCUAUUGUCUUGUGUUGGGUGCUGCCUACAAUGCCCAGUUAGGAAGUUUUGCCACCGUCCCAACUAAGGUCGGCAACAUUGAAAACCCAGCUGAUUUGCUGAAGACAAGCUUUGGUAUUACUGGUGCACCACAGAUGUUUCACGUGUUAAACGCCUCCAUCAACACCAGUGAUGUGAUCAGAUCGCUCUUGAAGAGAUUCGAAGUACUUCCUCCUGGGAAUUUUCUGCCUGUAAUUGAAAAAGUAGUCACUGAUAGGAACUUGGCUGUUUUCUCCACCAAAAGUCUGCUGGCCUACUCCAACGAGAAGCUGAAGGCUCGCAAUAUGCCAACCAGCUAUCUCCAGCCAUCGUGUGUGAUUAAGUCUCCAUCAUCACCCAUGAUCGUACCCAGGGUAUCUCCUCUCUUGGAACCACUCUCAGGGAUCAUCCACCGCCUGUUUGAGGCAGGCAUCCUUAGCCGGUGGGAAAGUGAGGCAAAGCAGCGGAACAAGCGAGAUAGUUUCCAGCUGGAGCCAAAACUAUAUCUGCAGCAGAUGCAAGGUGCAUUCCUUCUUCUUAUAUCUGGAUUGAUGUUAUCAGUUGCUGUUUUCAUUGCUGAAGUUGUAACUUAUCGGUGGAUUUUCCCUCCCCCUGAUCUCAUGACUCAAUUGAUAGCUGAAGGGUAUAAAAUUCCAUUCACUAAGUAA